CUCCUGCUUGCCAUGUCCACCCUAUCUAUUACCAUCACACCACCUCUUAUUUCCUCCAGAUGGAUUCCAUCCCCGACCUGCCCCCUCCUGAUGUCACCUCUGGAGUUCGCUGUCGCACUGGGAGCUUUGGAGGAUCCGGCGCCAAUAAG